AUGGCGAUUGAUUUAACAACAUCACGUCGUAAAUUACCAUCUCUUAUGCUUGAUCGAUCAUCUUAUAGCAUAUUUUCUGUGUUGAAACAAGCAAUAGGAAAAGAUCUUACACGAUUUUCUAUACCUGUUAUUUGGAAUGAACCUCUUAGUUUGCUGCAACGUUUAUCAGAGUGUUUAGAACAUUCAUCAUUGCUUGAUCAAGCUGCAUUAGCUGAUACAUCAAUUGAACGAUUUCAUUUAAUAACAGCUUUUAUUGUAUCACAUCUAUCAAGUCAUCUUGAACGAACGUCAAAACCAUUUAAUCCAUUAUUAGGUGAAACAUUUGAAUUGAAAAAUGAAAAAGAUGCACCAUUUCAUUUCAUUGCUGAACAAGUUAGUCAUCAUCCACCUAUAUCUGCUAUUCAUGCUCGUGGAUUAAAUUGGAUUUUAACUGGAAAUACUCAACUUGGAAUAAAAUUUCAUGGAACAAAUGUAGCCGCUUUAGACGAAGGUGGAUGGGUACUUCGUAUAAGAAAAAAAUCUUCAUUAUCUCGUUCAUCAUCAAUAUCAAGUUUUCAUUCAUGUACUGAAGAAGAUAACCAACAAAAUCAAGAAGCUAAUGAUCAAGAUAAUGAUUAUGAAGAAUAUACAUGGAAAUCACCAAAUGCAGUCGUUCAUAACAUUUUAUUUGGUCAUAUGUGGUGUGAAUUUCAAGGACAAAUUAAUUUACAACAUAUGCAAUCCAAUCGACGAGCCAUUCUCACUAUUAAAUCUCAUUCAUGGUUUGCAUCACAAGCAACAAAAGCAGCUGAAAUGUUUAAAUUUAGUGGAUUUAUCUACGAUGGAGAUGAUAAACUCAGUGCAUUUCAUGGUAAUUAUGGUCAUUGUUAUUAUGCUAUUGAUAAUUUAAACGAUGUCGAAUUAAAAACUAGAUCUUGUUGUUCAGCUGGUGGUCAUAAUUCUAUGCAAUUUAAUUUCAAUACAUUAAUAGCACCACCAUGUGAUGUUAUUCUUACUCCAUCAUCUCGUCUUAUUUGGCAUCGACAUUUAUUGUCAAUGACUGAUGAAGAACUAUUAUCAAGACAUCAUUAUUAUUAUUUUACAUUAUUUACAAUGUGCCUUAAUGAAGAAAUAUUUUCAACAAUAUUACCACCAACUGAUUGUCGAUAUCGUCGAGAUAUACGAUUACUUGAACAAGGUACUUUGGAAGCUGCUGCAGCUGAAAAACAUCGUCUUGAAGAACAACAAAGAGCAGAAGCAAGAACCCGUGAAUGUGAAUAUCAACCAUUAUGGUUUAAGAAAAAUGAUAAUAAUGAAUAUAUUUAUACAGGUGAAUAUGAAAAAAGAAAAUUUGAUCAUUGUCCAAAUCUUUUUUCUCAAGUAUCAUGUCUUUGA